AUGGGUCAAUCUCCGACUCUGCUUGUCUGCUCCGUUCCGCUCCGACGCCUCCAACCGUGCCCUCUUCGAGGAGACACAGUCCACGUGAUGCUGACAAUUGCUUGCGACGCUCCCAAUUGCCUCGAACUUCCUCAGCGUUGCCAUGGCAGGUUUAUAUAUCUACGGGAAUUUUGGAGACAGCAACCGAACUUGAUAAACAUGUACAUUUUGGUGAAUUCACAUAAUCUCGUCGGACGGCGGAAGUAUGUAUUGGUGAUGCCCGAAUUUGGGCCAUCCCGACUCGGCAGCUUGCCCUCUCCAAAGCCUCUUCAGGUUGGUGACACCAUUUCGGACCGUGACAACUUCAUGGCCCGGAAGGCGUUCUUCGCCUCGGUCUCCACCUUCAGGCCAUCCUAUCUGCCGUUUCACGUCCUCUACAGACAUUUGCACACACACACACACACAUACAUGCAUGCAGUCACAGACACAUACACAAACAGCCACAUGCAGGCGAAGACACGAAUGGAACAGGGAAGCAGACAAACUCCGGCUCUGGAGCAAUGGCUGCCACACUUCUUUCCCUGUCCGGCAUUGACGUUUGCUGCCUGCCUCCCUCAUGCCAGCCCUAUAUCUCUCUCCCUCUCUCUCUUUCUCUCUUUCUCUAUCUUUCUCUCGCUGCCCAACGUCUCUUUUUGUAUACGCUCGCCUCGUCGGCAUUUUACCUCGGCCCGAAGUAUGCCUUUUUCUUGUGUCUUGAGCGUCCGACUGCACUCUCUGCUCCCGGGCUCGGAAACUGAUAUCAUCAAUCAUCUCGUCUUUGUCAUGCCUCUUUUCGCAGAACCCUUUCAGCCAGCGGCAUUUGCGUUCUCUGCUUCUCACCGACUGAAUGCUUGCUGCUGCCCUUCGUCCCACUUCCCUCUGUCCACCUAUAUUUCUGCCUUUGUAUCUAUAUCUGUGUAUGGUGACUUAGUUUGCCAUUCUUCUUCCUCAUCGCCGGUCGUCUCGACCUCACACACUUUUCUCCGCUUUCCCCUAAUGGGUGGCAGAGAAAACUGGGUCACAAUUCGUUGGCCUCCAAACGAUCCCCAACUUCUCGUAGCUCCUUUUAGACUCGACAUAGCAGACUCAAACUCUGUGCUAGCAUUUGCUCGACUAUCUGAGCUCUCGUCCUCCGGCAACUGGUGCUAUCUUGACCGCUUUUGCGAGUGCCAAUCGUCGUGGCCGCACAAAAUUUUAGGCAGCCGGCAGGAUUCUGUUUGCCUGCCCCUCAUCCUCUCCGCCCUCUCCUCCUCCACCUCCUCCACCUCUCGCCACCGCUGCAUACUCCCCUUCAUCGCCAUUUCCUAUACGGACAAAUGGAAAAUGCAUACAGAUACUAUACGGACAGAGCGUAUAGAUUUCAGGCACCGGUCACGAUGGGGAUCAUCCAUCAUCCAGGCUGGAUCACUCUUCCGGGGUGGCAAGACAGCAAUGGAGUUGGAGGGCUGUUUGUGUCUUGUCUCCGUUUUUAUAUUUCCAUAUGUCUCUUACUCCUCGCAUCAUCACAGUCGAGGAGCAGUCGCCUCGACGACUCUAGAGUCUGUUGCACCAUUUGACUCUUCCACGAUGCGCCAUUUUUCUGCUCGAACCGGUGCUGCUCUUUCGAGCGGUGCCUGCUUCGAGUCGCGGCUAGUCUUCUCGCUUUUUGUGCCAACCCGUGCCGGUGGACGCAUGUCGAGUCGGCUGCUUGACUGGGUGGGUGGCGGGGGCGUCAUUCUACGUCAGGAACUUGGGAUUCCACUGAACUUGUCCCCACUAUGA